UUUCGGUAUUUGGCGAAUAUUUGUUCUUUAUAUAUUCUUCUAAACCCACCCUUUCGUAUCUCGUUUCAGCACAUCAAAAAUUUGCUCUCAAUUUCUCACUCUAACAUUUGUUCCAACACCUCCCGAAUUUCUCUCUUUCAACCAAAAUGUCUCGCCGUGGUGGUGGUCGCCGCUCUGAUUCACGGCCGGCUGAGCCGGCUCCGGUACGCGAUCAGUCAUUUCAGCGUGGCACAGGUCGUAGUGGUGGUGGUCGUGGUCGUCGUCCUGGUCAAGGCGGCGGACGUAGAGGUUCAUACUCUGGUGUUGCUGAGACAUUAGCUCCGACGCAGGCUCCGGCUCCAACUCCAGCUCUGACUCCGACUCCGGCACCGGCUCCGGCUCCAGCUCCUGUGCCUGAGUGUGGUUCAUCUUCUUCUACUUCUCUGAGCCAGGAGAUGCAACAACGGUUAACUUUGGGGACACAGGCUCCGGCAGUGGCCUCUACUUCGUCAAAGGCCCUGAGAUUUCCCGCGAGGCCUGGCUUUGGGACACAAGGCCACAAAUGUGUUGUCAGGGCCAAUCACUUUAUGGUCCAAGUAGCUGAUAAAGAUAUCCAUCAUUAUGAUGUGACGAUAACUCCUGAAGUCACAUCAAAGAAAAUCAACAGAGAUGUGAUCGCUCAACUUACUCGCGUUUACCGUGAGAGUCAUUUGGGUCAACGAAUUCCUGCAUAUGAUGGACGGAAAAGCAUCUAUACGGCUGGGGCGCUGCCUUUCGAUUCAAAGGAAUUUAUAGUGAAGUUAAGCGACAAAGAUGGCGAGGGGAGCUCUUCUCGGUCGUCAAAAAAGGACCGUCAAUUUAAGGUGACAAUAAAGUUGGCUUCGAAACCUGACCUGUAUACAUUACAACAAUUCUUAAGGAGUAGGCACAUGGAGGCACCGCAGGACAUUAUACAAGUGCUUGAUGUUGCACUAAGAGCAUCUCCUUCAGAGAAUUACUCUGUUGUAGGGAGAUCUUUUUUCUCUCCUAGUUUGGGGCCCAAAGGUGAACUUGGAGAUGGCAUUGAAUAUUGGAAAGGAUACUUUCAGUCUCUUAGGCCAACCCAGAUGGGAUUGUCCCUUAAUAUUGACAUUUCAGCACGAUCUUUUUACGAGCCAAUUCUAGUUACUGAAUUUCUUGUGAAGUAUUUUAAUCAUAGAGAGUUAACAAGGCCUCUAACUGAUCAAGAUCGUAUAAAGGUGAAAAAGGCCUUGAAGGGAGUCAAGGUAUUACUUACUCAUACAGAAUAUGCUAAAAGCUACAAGAUCACAGGGAUGUCUGCUCUCCCAAUCAGCCAAUUGACGUUUACUCCCGAUGACAAAACAACUAAAAUGUCAGUUGUUCAAUAUUUCCGUGAGAAAUACAAGAUUGGACUCAAAUAUACAUUUUUGCCUGCUCUUCAAGCUGGGAGUGAUGCAAAACCUAUAUAUUUGCCCAUGGAGAUUAGUAGGAUAGUUGAUGGGCAAAGAUAUACAAAAAAGCUAAAUGAAAGACAAGUAACUGCUCUGUUAAGGGCAACCUGUCAGCGUCCUUCAGAUAGGGAGAGGAACAUUGCGGAGAUGGUUAGAAGAAACAAUUACAAUGGAGAUAAGUUUGCUAAGGAGUUUGGGAUUCAAGUGGGUGCUGAACUUGCCCAGGUUGAUGCUCGAAUACUGCCUCCACCAGUGCUUAAUUAUCAUGAAAGCAGCCGCGAAAAAAUGGUUAAUCCCAGAUUAGGGCAGUGGAACAUGAUUAACAAGAAAAUGGUCAAUGGUGGGCAGGUUGAAUUUUGGACAUGUGUGAGCUUUUCCACUCGUACAAACCGGGAUCUGCCAUUCCAAUUCUGUGAGGAGCUGGUGAAUAUGUGUAGAAGUAAAGGAAUGGUAUUCAACCCGACGCCUGUAAUUCCCAUUCAUCCAGCUAACCCAAACCAAAUUGAGAAUGCUCUCAGAGAUAUUCACAGGAAGUCUACAGCAGAAAUUGCAAGGAAGGGCCCGCAAGGAAAGAAGCUUCAGUUGUUAAUUAUUAUUUUACCUGAUUUUACAGGGUCAUAUGGAAUGAUUAAGCGGAUUUGUGAAACAGAAUUAGGUAUUAUCUCACAAUGCUGUCAGCCCAGACAGGCUUCAAAGCUCAGUAAGCAGUAUUGUGAAAAUGUGGCCCUGAAGAUCAAUGUGAAGGUUGGAGGUAGGAAUACUGUGCUGAAUGAUGCUAUUCAAAGAAGAAUUCCUCAUGUGACAGAUCGCCCCACAAUUAUAAUUGGUGCGGAUGUUACCCAUCCACAGCCUGGGGAGGACUCUAGUCCGUCAAUAGCAGCUGUUGUUGCUUCAAUGGAUUGGCCAGAGUUAACCAAGUACAGAGGUUUAGUGUCUGCUCAGGCACACCGUGAGGAAAUUAUCCAAGAUCUUUAUAGUACCAGUGAGGAUCCUAGGAGGGGAUUGGUACAGGGAGGAAUGAUUAGGGAGCUAUUAAUUGCAUUUAGAAGGUCAACUGGACAUAAACCUCAUCGGAUUAUUUUCUAUCGAGAUGGUGUUAGUGAAGGGCAAUUUAGUCAAGUCUUGUUAUAUGAGAUGACUGCCAUUCGAAAGGCAUGUAGCUCACUGGAGGAGGGAUAUAUGCCUCCAGUUACCUUUGUUGUGGUGCAGAAAAGACAUCAUACCCGGCUGUUUCCUGCUGACCAUAGAAAUCGUGACCUUACUGACAGGAGUGGCAAUAUUCUACCGGGUACUGUUGUUGAUACCAAGAUUUGCCACCCUACCGAGUUCGAUUUUUACCUCAACAGCCAUGCUGGAAUUCAGGGAACCAGUCGGCCAACACACUAUCAUGUGUUAUACGAUGAGAAUGGCUUCAGUGCUGAUGACUUGCAAAUUCUGACAAAUAAAUUGUGUUACACGUAUGCAAGGUGCACUCGAUCAGUUUCCAUUGUACCUCCGGCAUAUUAUGCACAUUUAGCAGCUUUUCGUGCACGAUACUAUAUAGAAGGAGAUACAUCUGACAGUGGCUCUACUCGAAGUGGGAGUGAGGGCAGGGCCACAGGGGAGUUCAGACCACUUCCAGUUAUUAUGGAUAACGUGAAAGAUGUGAUGUUUUACUGUUAGAACUUUUGCUUUAUGAAAGGAUGCUAGGUUUCUGUGCAAUGUUUGCACCUUUGUAAGAGUCUGUGCGUCCGGAAAAUUUGGGGAAGGGAAAGUAUACUGAUGUCUUUUUGGUUCAUGGUUUUCUAGUUGUGGUUCUGGAAAAAUAUUUUCCAUAGGCUGGUGGAAAUUCAGUUCAUGUAAAUCCAUACACGCCUUAUAAUUAAAGAAAUCCCAGUCUGGUUAUUAUUUCUCCUUUUUA